CAAAUGACAGACACGACGGAAAAGUGAAAAACAAAAUUUAAACAAAAACGGAGACACCCAGACAAGUGCGGCACGAAGAGGGAUUUCGUAAUGGCGUUUAAUGGCAGGCACACACAGUCAACGGGCAACAGUUUCCCCACCAACGAAUCUAGAUACUUUACCCGCCAGAUACCCGUACAUAACGUCAUCAGUUGAUUUUCCAUGAGGCGCCAAACGAAGCGUGCAACCGAAAAAAGCGAAAAUAGCAGUAUAAACAGUAGACAAUAGUGAAAAUAAAACGAAUAGAGCGAGAACUGCAGGCGCAAUAGAUAGAUUGCAUUGUAGUUCGACGCGUACGGAUAUCUGGCUGGCUAUACUCGUACAGUGGUGCUCGAUGGUCCGUCUAUUAAUAGGAUAUCUUCCCAGCGGGUUCGCAGCGGGGGAGGUGUUUUCUUUACGACGGCCAGCCGAUAAUCCAGGAACACCUUCAGUAGCACUCCGGUCGUAUCGCGCGCUCGACUCCCCAAUCGAAGAUAUUAUUGCAUCCCAUCGGUCUCGGUCUCGGUUGUGCAUGUGAUCUUAUAAAAAAUGUGUUAUCCACUUUUGACAGCAAACUGUUAAUUCCUAACUCGAAACAUUGUGUGUGCAGUUGGUGGAUAUGCCAGAUACAGAUACAGAUACAGAUGACUAUUCAGAUCCAGAUCGGAGAGAAGCCACAAUAAAGCCCAGGCGAGAAAUCAAACGAUCGGCAGCACAACAAGCACUCAACGCACAUUAACGCAAAACGCUUCAAAUUAACACUGAAGCCAAAUACUAAAUACAAAAUACAAAACAGCAAGAAUAGCAAAACCUACAAGCCAUGGAUACAAAGGCCACUACUAAGCGGCCCGAAAUCGAACAGUUUUUGUUGGAUGUCCGCGCCCAUUUCCGAGCCUCGCUGGAGACCUCGGAGUACGAGAACGCCUCGAACCUCUUCCACAUGACUGCCGCCGAGCAGACCGCCGAACUUCUGGCCCGCUGCGAGAUUCUGUUGGCUUCAUCUGCAUCUGCUUCUGCAUCUGCAUCUGGAUCUGGAUCGGGAUGCGCAGACGAGCAGACGGCAGUCAGCCACCGAACCAGCCUGGCCGACUGUGUCGACAGCAAGGUGGGCGCGGAGACCGGUCCCAGCGGCUAUCUGGAGAUGCUCGCCUCGCCGUCCUCCUCGAAAAACUCGCUGUCGGCCUCGCGGGAAUACAUUGAUCUGGGCAGCAGCGGGUCCCUGGACCGUUGCUCCGCCAGCCAACCGGUUGCGGGAUCGGCGGACAAGGAGCCACACCAGCAGCUUUACGAGAUCUGCCAGGGCCAGGGCCAGGGAACUGGAACGGGAACGGGUGGGGACGAGGACGAGGCCCAGCAGGCGAUCACCUUUACCCACGAGGUGAUCAUCGACUGUCCCUACGCGGACUUGCCCGCUGGCCACCUGUCCCUGCAGAGGUCCACCAAGUACGGACAGCUGCAGCGGAUCGUUCCGAAGCGGCUGUUCUUUGACCAAACCCGCAAGUGCUACUGCGGCAUCCUCAACGACUGGAUGCUGUGCUACGCGGACGGACCGACUGCCUGCCGGCCCAGCAGCACCCUCUACCUGAAGAGCUCCUCCAUCGAGAUCGAGCACUUCGGGGAGGGCAAGCGGCGCGACAUCUGCUUCCAGAUCACCACCGACGACCCCAACAAGAAGUUCGUGUACCAGGCCAACAACGAAGUCGAUGCCAAAGAGUGGAUUCACGCCAUCGAGGCGGCUAUCCGCGGAGAUGCCGGUGCUCACCCGCCGCUGAAGAGCCCACCGCCUCGCAAACUGCCCACGCCUCCGGUCCAGAAGAAAUCCAACUACACCGCAGCGGAUAUCAUCUACGAGGAGCCCUCGCCCAUUUACGGCCUCAUCGACUCGUCGGCCAUGGUGCUGCCGAAGCUGCCGGAGAAGAACAACAGUCCCAAUUCUUUGGCCCGACGCUUCGAGUACGAUGUGCCCAAGUGUCCGGCUCAGCCGCUCCAGGAAGUGGUCUCGCCUGGAGUUGUCUCCUCUGGCGGCGAGGUUGAGUCCCUGGGGCUGCUUCACGAGGUGGAGAUCAAGGCGCAGCCGCAGCCGCAGCUUUCCAGCCUGCACGGCAACCUGUCCCUCGAUUUCCAGGCCAAGGUGAAGACCGUGCACAGCGAACUCUCCACCCAGCUGUCGGCGGGCGGCCCCAGUCCGGACCGCCUGAAGAAAGCCGUGAAGAAGAGCUACGCGAAUGGCGGCGAGCCGGAAAUGCUUUCGCCGCUGACCAGUCCCGUUCAAACGCACAGCAAGGAGCAGAAGAAGCAGCGCAAGUCGCCGACCUCGCCGCAAUCGAGUCCGGCCAGCAAGGACUGUGACAAGCUGGCCCGGAACUGGUUCCUCAGUCGCCUCAACAAGAGCACCGGCCUGAAGACGACCAGCACGGGCAGUGGAUCGCCGAGCAACGGCAAGUGCAAGCAGAGCGAGAAGGAGAACCUGCUGACGGAUGCGGAACUGGGCGAGGGCUACGACGCGAGCCCGGGCGAUCGGGACCCGGGACUGCCGGGCAGCCAGCCCACGUCGCCGUGCCUAAAGGCGGAGGCCAAGAGCAAGGUGAACAUGAUCAUCAACCAGUUCGAGAGCAGCGGCCACCUGUCCACGAUGUUCAGCGUGGAGGCGCUGGCCGCCAACGCACUUGCCUCGCUGACUUCCUUCUGCGAAAGCGACGGCUGCAACAACUACGAGCCGAUCAUGCCCCUCGCCACGACGCCCAGCAGCUUCCUGAAGAAGGUGUAGGCUGCCUGCCGCACAUCCGUCGACUGACAACCGUCAUCCACUAUUCAACAUCCGACAGCCUGGAGAGCCCGUUCGUCUCUGUAUUGUAGAUUUAAUCCUUAGGCUAGUGAAAACCACUCUCCGGGUGUCACAUAAACUUUGACAUAAAAUUUUAAUAUCAAAACAGAAUGGUUGUUAACAUCGUAAAA